GCGUAGAAUUGUAUAUCCGCAAGAGUUGCUCCCCGCGCGGUUGCAGGGGGGUAAAGCAGCAGUGCUGGGGUCUUGAGGAAUUACUCUAGGCACUCAGGCGGUUAUUGUUCAGAACCUGUCUGCUGGAGAAAUCUUCUCGUAGUACUAGCUCCACUCCCCGCAGGCGGAGGCGCGGGGAGGAGGAAGUCGUCGCCACCUCCCCGGACUGCUGCGUUCGGCGGGGGAGGUGGAGGUAGGAGGGAGUGAGUCUCAACAUGAUGGCGGCCGAGCUCGGGGUUGAGGAGGGCGGCUCGGUUACCUCUGCCGAUAUGGUGGGAAUUGUUGGUGGAGCUGAGUCGGAGCACUACCCCACGUUACGCCGGGGCAAGGAGCUGGUGUCCCAGGGCCCCUUCCUGGCUGGCUCUGGCGAGGACAGCCUGGGCGCUGGCGGUCCGGCGUUGUGUUCGGCGCUGGGGCUCCUGGCGUUAAGAUCCGGGCCUGCCUCUCUGGCGUCCAGAGACGCACUGUCAGCAACUGGACAAAGGCUGGAGGUGUCCGGAGAGGUGCUGCUCCCACCCAAACCCAGCACUGUCGCCUUUCCCCCGCUGCCGCCGCCGCUUCAGCCACCUUCCUUGGCGGGGGGGCUGGGGAUUGUGGAUGAAGGCGACUCGUUGGAUGGGCCCGAGUAUGAAGAGGAGGAGGUGGCCAUCCCGCUCAACGCUCCCCCCACAAACCAGUGGUAUCAUGGAAAACUCGACAGAACAAUUGCAGAAGAACGUCUUUGGCAAGCGGAAAAACCUGGAAGUUACCUUAUUCGAGAGAGUGAUCGGAGACCGGGUUCAUUUGUGCUUUCAUUCCUUAGUAAAACUAGUGUCAAUCAUUUUAGGAUUAUUGCCAUGUGUGGAGAUUAUUACAUUGGUGGACGUCGCUUUGCUUCACUCUCAGACCUUAUUGGGUAUUACAGUCAUGUGUCUUGUUUGCUGAAGGGGGAAAAACUAUUCUUUCCAGUAGCACCUCCAGAGCCUGUGGAAGAUAGAAGGAGAGUUCGAGCAAUUCUACCUUACACCAAAGUGCCAGAAACUGAUGAAAUAAGUUUCCUUAAAGGAGAUAUGCUUAUUGUGCAUAAUGAAUUGGAAGAUGGCUGGAUGUGGGUUACAAACCUACGUACAGAUGAACAAGGUCUUAUAGUAGAAGACCUGGUAGAAGAAGUGGGAAGAGAAGAAGAUCCACAUGAAGGCAAAAUAUGGUUCCAUGGGAAGAUCUCCAAACAAGAUGCUUACAAUUUGCUGAUGACAGUUGGUCAGGUGUGCAGUUUUCUUGUGAGGCCUUCAGAUAAUACACCUGGUGAUUAUUCACUUUAUUUUCGGACCAGUGAAAAUAUUCAACGUUUCAAAAUAUGUCCAACAUCAAGCAAUCAGUUUAUGAUGGGAGGCAGAUAUUAUAAUAGUAUUGCAGAAAUCAUUGAACAUUAUAGAAAAGAACAGAUUGUUGAAGGAUAUUACCUUAAAGAUCCUGUUCCAAUGCAGCAUCAAGCACAAGUAUUUAACGAUACAGUUGAUGGAAAAGAAAUCUACAAUACAAUUCGUCGCAAAACAAAGGAUGCUUUUUAUAAAAAUAUUGUCAAAAAAGGAUAUCUUCUAAAAAAAAGUAAAGGGAAGAGAUGGAAAAACUUGUACUUUAUAUUGGAGGGAAAUGAUGCCCAGCUUAUUUAUUUUGAAAGUGAAAAACGAGCCACAAAACCUAAAGGAUUAAUAGACCUUAGUGUGUGUUCGGUCUAUGGAGUACACGACAGUUUAUUUGGCAGGCCAAACUGUUUUCAGAUAGUAGUUCAGCACUUCAGUGAAGACCAUUACAUCUUUUACUUUGCAGGAGAAACUCAAGAACAAGUGCAGGACUGGAUGAAGGCUCUGCAGAUGUUUUGCAGUUUAAGGAAAAACAGUCCAGGGACAUCAAAUAAACGUCUACGUCAGGUCAGCAGUCUUAUCUUGCAUGUAGAAGAAGCUCAUACACUCCCAGUAAAACAUUUUACUAAUCCAUAUUGUAACAUCUACCUGAACAGUGUCCAGGUAGCAAAAACACAUAUCAGGGAAGGUCAGAACCCUGUAUGGUCAGAAGAAUUUGUCUUUGAUGAUCUUUCAUCUGAUAUUAAUAGAUUUGAGAUAAGUCUUAGUAACAAAACAAAGAAAAGUAAAGAUCCAGAUAUAUUGUUUAUGCGUUGCCAGUUAAGCCGAUUGCAGAAAGGACAUGCAACAGAUGAGUGGUUUCAACUCAGUUCCCAUAUACCACUGAAAGGUAUUGAGCCAGGAUCUUUGCGUGUUCGAGCACGAUAUUCUAUGGAGAAGAUCAUGCCAGAAGAAGAGUACAGUGAGUUUAAAGAGCUCAUACUCCAGAAAGAGAUGCAUGUAGUCUAUGCCUUAUCACAUGUUUGUGGCCAGGAUAGAACACUGUUGGCUGGCAUUUUAUUGAAGAUAUUUCUUCAUGAAAAGCUUGAGUCACUAUUGUUACGAACACUAAAUGACAGGGAAAUAAGCAUGGAAGAUGAAGCUACUACUUUGUUUCGUGCCACCACUUUAGCAAGUACACUUAUGGAGCAAUAUAUGAAAGCCACAGCAACACGUUUUGUUCAUCAUGCACUGAAAGACAGUAUAUUAAAGAUAAUGGAGAGCAAGCAGUCCUGUGAGUUAAAUCCUUCGAAGUUAGAAAAAAAUGAAGAUGUAAACACUAAUUUGGCACAUCUACUCAGUAUACUUUCGGAAUUGGUGGAGAAAAUAUUCAUGGCUGCAGAGAUACUGCCUCCGACAUUGAGAUAUAUUUAUGGAUGCUUGCAGAAGUCUGUUCAAAACAAAUGGCCAGCUAUUACGACAAUGAGAACAAGAGUUGUUAGUGGCUUUGUUUUUCUUCGACUGAUUUGUCCUGCUAUCCUGAACCCAAGGAUGUUUAAUAUCAUCUCAGAUUCUCCUUCCCCUACUGCUGCAAGAACACUGACUCUAGUUGCCAAGUCUGUGCAGAAUUUAGCAAAUCUGGUUGAAUUUGGAGCUAAGGAACCAUAUAUGGAGGGGGUAAAUCCAUUUAUCAAGAGCAACAAACAUCGCAUGAUCAUGUUUCUAGAUGAACUUGGGAAUGUUCCUGAGCUUCCAGACACUACAGAUUACUCUAGAACUGACUUAUCUCGUUAUCUGGCAGCCUUGCAUGAGAUGUGUGUGGCUCAUUCAGAUGAACUUCGGACACUUAGCAAUGAGCGAGGUGUAAUGCAGCAUGUUCUUAAGAAGCUGUUGGCUAUUACAGAACUGCUUCAACAAAAACAACAUCAAUAUUCAUUGUCUAAUAACAUCAGGUAGCAGCCUUCUACCUGAAUUCUGCAUGGAUCCAGCAUGUCUAACAUGGCAACUUACACAGGUAUCACUUUUUUUGCUCUUGCCAAAAAUCACACACCCUGUCACGUUCCCAGUGAUGUGUGAACUAUGCAAAAAAGAAAACAAAGAUUCUGUUAGCAAAUGAUUGAACCAGCAGCUCUUUAAGCUAUCUGUGCAGGAUAUUUGCACUUUUUUCCACUUGGAACCAGUUUUUACAGCCUCUGAGCCUUGGUGUACAGUUUACCUUUUGCAAAGAAAAUGCUGUGACUGUAGUAACUUUGAAAAUUAUUUUGAACACCUGUGUCCUGGGGUGACUUUAUGAUGAUUGUAUCCCCAUUGGUCUGUUUAGCCCAUGAAUAAGUUUUGCACCUUUAAGACUAGUUCUGAGAGGGAAGGGGGGGGGGAAAGAGAGAAGCAUGCAGUUUGUUUUCAGAAACUGCACUCACUCCUCCACAUUCCUCCACAUUCCUGCUCCUGGUCUGUGUUGUCUACAGACAGACAGACACCAGGACAGAGCUCUCUUUUGCUUUUUAGCUAGUUUUUAGCUAGCUGAGGCAGAGAAGUUCCCUAGACUCUAGUGUUUCUUUUUCUUGGAACUGUUUAAACCUGCUCUGGACUGAACACCCAGAAGAGCACCAUCAGCUCACACCUGUGGCCCCCCAGGGCCUGGCCUGGGCUGUAGCAUUUCCAGCGCUGGAGGGACUGAUAGACUGAGUGAGCCGAGCUACAGCCCAUGAAGUGGAUUUCUUCAGUUUGUCAUCUCUUUGGUUUUAUUGUUUAAUAUUUUUGUGGUUUUUUUUUUUGUGCUGGUGAAUGCUUUGCUUGUCAAAUAAAGUUUUUUCCACUUUUCUCCAAGGAAAUCUUUUCCUGAUCCAGUUGGGGGAGGAGCCACUUGAAUUUGCUUUCUAGAGGAACCCCUUUGCAGGUUUUCUCCCAAAUUUGCCCUAAACCAGGACAACCUGCAAAUGCCAAAGUUCUUCUGUCUUGUUGGAAAAGAAUUACCAACCGACAAGGAAAGAUAGGCAUUAUUUUUACAGCUACAUCUAACUGCAUAACAUUUCUUACAGUAAUUUCUGAGUGGUUACAAUUUUUAUGAUUUUGACUUUUUCAACCACUUAAACAUGUAUUUACAGUUUCCAGAUUUUGACGGUUAUGGUAAGAACAAUCUUUCCUAUAUACUUUUUAUACCAUGCUCUUUCUCUUGCUGGAAUCAUGUCAAAAGAAUAUGCAGAACGGAUCUUGUCAGCUUUAUUCUUAAUGUGCCACAGAUUCAGUCUAAAUAAUUCUUCCUUCAAGGAUUGUGUAUCCAUCCAAGCAAAUCACAAUGCUUUUUUAAAAUGAUUACAAAAGGGCACAAUAAGAAUUUAGUAAAUUUAUUAUCACUCUAUCAGACAUGCAUGCAUCUAUUACACCGUUUUAUACCAUAUAUUGAUUGGGCUUGUGUGUAAUGUAAGGCUACCAUGAAUGUUAUUUUUAAACUUGAAAAAUAAGUUUUAAAAUAAUCAAGCUGCCAAUAGAUUCUCCAUAGAAACUAAGUUUGUGUUCAAGUAAUAGAGCACUGUAAAAAUGAAAUUUGGAUAACAGAUAUGGUUACCUAUUUAUCUACUGCAUAUAAAAUGCAUUGAUAAAACUGACUGUAGGUAAAGUUGCAUUUAGGUAUAUGUUGUGGUUUGAUGUUGCGGUGUGAUGUCAUAGUUUGUCUCAGGUAUCCCGAUCCUUCCCAGAUGCCAAUCACCUCUCCUUUCCCCCACCCUGACCCCUACUGAGUGCUGUCUGUCAAUCCUGACAUUCUAGAAGGGCAUCGAGUGAUUGGCAGAGGUCAAAGGAUGCCUGGCAUCCCUGGGGGACCAUUGGCCCACCCAGGUGCCCUUUCACCUGAUACCUACCCGCCCUGCACCUGGUUGGUAGGAUCUCUACCCCUUCUUGCCCCCUCUCCCCGGGGUUAAAAGAGCCAGCAACCACGCAGUUCGAGAGGUUCUCUUAGAGCUGUUAUGGAAUUCAGAAGCUUGCGUGUCAGAAUAAAACUCUGGAUCAAAACCCUCUAACAGAAUCCAACUCCUUUUGCUUCACCUUGCCUUCAAGCAUCUCCAACAGAGGUAAACCGGAGCUCUGCAUGUCUGGACUUGUCUCUAGCGUCCAGCUGCAGCAUCCAGCUUAGCCAGAGGUGUCUCUGAGGUGAAAACACCGCAGUUGCCGCCUUUUGGUCAAGCAGCAGAGGCUAGUCAAGCCCGGACACGUCCCAUCCGGCUAUAUUGGUAAUUAUUCCAAUAUACUGGCGCCCAAUGUGGGGCUGCUCCGAUCCUGCAGCCCUGAGAAGACACUCCGGAGCUCCCAGAACCUCAAGAGAGACCAUGCAGAGACUUUAAAGCAGCUUAGUGUCCACUGGAAGAGCUUUGACGACAUAGACUUGGGGACUUAUCCCACAGAAGCCUCGGGGACGUUCUGUGCCUCUGGAAAGUGCAGCUCCUUUUUGGUGAGCGAAUUUCGAGAGGGGAAUAGGGUAGCUCCUCCUGCCUGAGGGGUCCUAUUCAGGUGAAGAGAAAAAACCCUGCCGGACCACAACACCGACAGCACCGUUUUCGGGUGAGUAUAUCUGCUCCAUAAAGGAGUAGAAGCUCAAAUACAGUAUCUGCUGAGAGAUCUCUUCUUUUUUGGUCUUUUUCAGAGCACAUAAAGGCUGCGUAGCCCCAUGGGGCGAGACUGAUAGUGCGUUAAACAUAGGCCAUAGCGGCGUGGCACCGCUAAAUUUUAGAACUUGCGCAGCAGCAAGUUUGCACCAUGGCACCGGCUCAGAGGAGCGGGGGGGCUCUCUCUCUGCCCCUUAACUUUGCAGCGGCGUGGCGCCGGCUUGGCUUUCGGGCUUUCCUGCGCCGGCGGGGGGGCUCUUGGCUCGGCUUUCGGGCUUUCUCGGUGCGGGGCAGCUCCAGUUUCGGCUUUGCCGUGCGGCGCGGGUGGGGGGCUCUGUCUCUCCCCCAGCGCUGCGUGGCGAGUUCUGAUUCCAUGCCACUGCCAACGGCACUUUUAAAAUCAGCAAGGACUGCUGCGCUGUUUAGGGUUAAAAGUCUGCAUGUCUUCACUUCUUAACCGCGGUUUUUGGAAAUCAGUAGCUAUUUGGUUUUGUUUUCGGUCGGCGGGAGAUUGUGCUGUGCCUUUUACAUCUAAAAUGCACUCUAAGCUAAGCACAGCACAAAAAGGAGUGUAUUAUCAGAUUGUUGGAAUUUUAGUUAGUGGAAAUGUAACGUUUUCUAAGGGAAAAUUGAAACAGUUUUUAAAGUGGGUUUUUCUACUCUUCCCACAAAUUUCUCCUGAACAAGUCUACAAUAUCCAAUUCUGGGACAAAGCAGGGCAUGAAUUGAUAACCUUGGGAAAGUCUGGGCACACGUCCUCAGCUAAAUUUGUGUUUUGGAGUUUACAAGUUCGAUCAGUCUUACUCAAGCAAAGGGAAGUGGAGAAAAAGCCAAAUGAGAAAUGUACCUCUGCUCUUCCUGUUUCUCCCCCCCCCCCCAGCCCUGAACCCUGUACCCCAAAACUUGGUAUUUUAAAGAGAGCAGACUCUGCUCAUGCCCAGGGAAGCCGGCUCCCUGAGCACCUUAAAAUGCCUGAGUUCCCCUGUCCAAAAAGUUCUGGCCAGACCGCGUGGAAUUGUCCCCAAACCCCUGUGUCCCCUGCUCAGAAACCCAGAGCACAUGUUAGCUUUUCGGAGAGCAGUGACCCCCAAAAUGGCUCCCAGACCCCAGGGGGCCAAGAAAAUGGAGGAUGCCACGUGGCACCAUGCCAUACCUGGUCUCCUUCUUCCCAUGAUUCCCCUAAGCAUCCCAAAAAUCCUUCCCCAUCCCCCACCCCUCCUGAUCUUCGUGACACCUUCCCUCCCCCCACCUUACCUGCCACUUCCUCAUCUCUGCCCCUCUACCCCUCCCUGGGGAUGUCUGCCGACGUGAUGUCACCAGGCAUCCCUGCCCCCUGCCAGCUCCCAUCCCGCGCCCUGUUCCCACGGUAUCCCCACCCCCUGCCCGGGUUCCCACAGUGGGGGCAUGCCCACUGCUUGUCCCCAUAGCUGCACCUGCGAUCCCAAUGCUUCCAAUUCAAAGGAUACGGAGCAGGGAACCGCAAACCCAAUACAGGGUCCCACUUUCUCAUUCCCCCCUGUUACAUAUCAGCAUGCAGGGCAAGGGGGAGGAGCCCCAACUGCUGACUGGAAAGCUUUUGGAUGAGAAAUUAUGAGAGAAAUCUGCAAAGCACACAAAGAGUAUGGCUGACUUAGCCCAUACUUCUGUGGCCUUUUAAAUUCCGAACUGGGUAGUCCCACAUGAUUUAAAAAAGCUUUUUUCGUGCCUCAUGACCUCUACAGAAUUCAAAUUGUAGGAAUUGGCGUUGAAACAACUGCUAAAGGAGGCUCUCCCAGACUUGCAUGCUGAUCCAAACACAGCAAAAGAUACCAGUGGCAUGCCAAUUACCAUUGAGCAUCUCUCUGGUGAGGGCCAGUGGUCUUUAGCCCUGAUCCAGGCUGCUGUAAUUCCUGUAAAAGCACUUGACAGAGGCAAAGAUGCUGCUGAAAAAGCCUUCUUUACCCUCCAACCUGAAGACCCAUCCAAGCCAUAUAGUAAGAUCAAGCAGCUACCAUCAGAGCCUUUUUUGAAAUUUGUAGAAAGGUUAACUAGAGCUAUUGAAAUCCAAGUUAAAAAAGAGAAUGCAAGGAAAGAGGUUUUAGAGGAAAUGGCAUUUACAAAUACCAAUGAACAGUGUCGAGCAGCAAUUUUAAGCUUACCUCUAGAACCGCCCCCCUUCACUAAAAGAUAUGCUUCUAGUCUGUAACAGGAAAGUGCCUCUGAUGAGUGUAGCUGAAGACACCAGACCAAAGCUGCUGCCAAGACCACCACAGUGAAUUGCCGUUGCCAGCCCUGCACCCAUUCCCUCAGCACAGCGGCACACUGGGCAGCAGCGAAGACCAGCAAUGGCUGACCCCACAAAGCCAUGACUGCUUUGCAACAAUCUUGGGCACUGGAGUAACCAGUGUCCCCUGAAAAAGCAAUUUGAUGAAUUUAAAAAUAGCAGGGGAGGAGAACUACAAAAGGGUCAACAACAACAAAAAAACUGAAUGGGGAGCGCCGGCCUGCCAGGUGCUCAGACACAAAAAGAGUAGGCCAAGGGAAUGAGGGAAACAAAAUAAACCAAGCGCGCGGUAACAUCCCUAUUUCUCUAAGUGAAUCAGAUGCUUCAAGGACCACUUUUGCUGAUCCAGUAUCAGAUGUGACACCAAAUAACCUUUGCUCUAACUUAAGCGAACCUGUUCUAACCCCUAUUUCUGUCAAUGAGCCUUUCAGGUUGCAGCUGACAGAACCACUACACCUGAAAGACACUGACUGGCAUUUUGUCUCCAUAAACCCACAACAGCAGGGUACUUGGCACCAAAAUCACUGUAAGUACAUCCUCAUUGGGGACACCAAACACACACCACAAGAGAUAGAAAUUGCUCCAGGAAUGACAACAUCAGACCCUGAGUAAUUCGUUCUCAGGCUGCACUGUUUCCACCCACCCCUCUUUCUUCCCAAAGGACAAAUCGUUGCACAAGCCAUCCUAGUGCCGAGUUUAUGUGAAGGCAACUCAAGUUACCUUGAAAAACAAGGGCCCACAGUCGCCCAGGUCCAAGCUAUUGAUAGGACAAACCCAAAAUCUCGUGUAAUGUCAGUGGGGGAGGGGAGUCAAAGUGCAUUGAGAUGCUCAUAGACAUGGGUGCAGACUGCACAGUGAUCCCAGCACAGGACUGGCCAGCACAUUGGCCUUUGCAAAACCUGGCUGGUCACAUUCGAGGUGUAGGGGGCAUGCAAUUGGCAAGGCAAUCCAAGAGCAUCGUCCAAAUUGAGGGGCCAAAUGGACAAUUAGCAAAUAUAUGUCCGUUUGUGUUAGAUUAUCCAGAACCAUUGUUAGGGAGAGAUUUAAUGGCCCACUGGGGAGUCACAAUUGAUAUUCCAGACUCCACAGGAUUUUUGGGCAGCGGUCACUGAAAAGCACCCUACCCAAAAACUGAAUUGGAAGACAGACACACCAGUUUGGGUAGCACAGUGGCCGCUCAGUAAACAGAAACUGAAGGCGCUCAAGGAGCUAGUAGAAGAGCAACUGAAAAAGGGUCACAUUGUGGAGACCAUGUGCCCGUGGAACUCUCCAGUGUUUGUCAUCCAGAAGGCUGAAAAAAAAGAGAUGGCGGCUCCUCCAUGACCUCCGACAAAUUAAUGAUUUCAUUGAAGAUAUGGGCUCUCUCCAACCUGGUAUGCCAUCCCCAGCGAUGCUUCCCCAAGACUGGAAAUUGGCUGUUAAUAAUAUGAAAGAUUGUUUUUUCCAAAUUCCCCUACAUAUAGACAAUGCACCGCAUUUCACAUUCUCAGUCCCUACCAUCAACAUGGAAGCCCCGAUGAAAAGGUACUAUUGGAAAGUUCUUCCUCAGGGACUAAAAGUCUUGCCAUUGAUCUGCCAGUGGUAUGUCUCUUCCCUGCUGUCCCCUGUGCGUGCAGCCGCAGAAAAGGCCAUCAUCUAUCAUUAUAUAGAUGAUAUCCUUGUGUGUGCCCCCAAUGAUGAUUUACUCACCCACGCACUUGGCCUAAUGAUCGAUGCAUUGAUUGUUGCAGGGUUCGAGCUCCAGGAAAGGAAAAUUCAAAAGAUGCCACCUUGGACGUAUUUGGGCUUAGAAAUUUGAAAUAGGACCAUUGUUCCUCAAAAAUUAGAAAUCAAAACGAAGAUCAAGACCCUUGUGUCCUAGGGUGACUGUUAUUCCCAUUUGUGUGUGUAAUUUAUGAUGGAUAUUAUGUUCUGUGCCUUUAAGACUGGCAGAGUGAAAGUUUUGUUUUGGGCCUCUUAUCAGCCACUCGGUGAGACAUACAGAUAGCACCAGGACUUAGUGCUGCUUUUUUUGCUUUUUGCCCUGCUUUUUGCCUUUGCUCUUGCUUCUGCUUUGCUUCUGCUUUGCUUGCUCUUGCUUUUUUCCCCCUCUUCUCAUUAGUUAAUUUAGCUAAACAGUCCAAAUUCCUUUCUGGACUGCUUUCCCUGUGUGGACCUGCCGAACCCGCUCCGGACUGGGAUUUUGGAAACACCGUGAGUUUGCACCCUGUGGCCUGCAGCAGCUGCCCCAGCGCCGGAGGGACUGAUAGCGACCACACCCAGGAGAGACUUUCUGAAUUUGUCAUCUUUUUCAGAGUGGUGAAGGAGUGGUGUCAUCCAGUAUUGUUCAUUUUGUGUGCCGGGGGGUGCUGUGCUUGUCAAAUAAACAGGUUCUUUCCACCUC